CAGAGUUUUAGUAGGGAGAGAAGGAAAAGUCAACAACCUGUCACUACGAUCGGGGAUCUGGCAGGCGCAGUUACUUCCUUUUAUCUCUGGCUUUGGGACUUGUCGAGCUCGAACAGAGGAAAACUAGUCUAAGUCUAGUGCAAUCUAGUGCGGUUGGCAACAUGUGCAUUAUUAAAUUUGUUAAUAUACAAUACAGAGAAGAUAAAGAAACAGAAAUUAUUCCUGUCGACAGGAUAGAUAAGUGGGUCCCUAUCAGCAAAACUGAUUUUAAGAAAAAGUUUCCGACACCCCCUCAAUUCGAUGUGUUUUGGUACGAGCCUUUGGAUCAGGAAUGGGUCAUCGUGAGUGCGAUUAUUCAUCAAGUUGGAGAUUCUCAAGAAGAUGUUCAAAAGCAAGUUAAUGAUGAUAUAGCAAAAAACAAACGAUUGCAAAAGCCCACAAUACGGGCUAUAGAAUCGGCUUCCCAGGAGAUCAUUGACAAAAUAAAAUGCAAGAGAAGAGAUAAAAAUGCAUUAGUAGAUGCUGCAAAAAUGUCGGCUAAUAGACAAAUCAUUAGUGAUGCCAAGCAGAGAACAGGACCACUUCAGCAUACUGUAAAAGGAAAAGUCUUGCAAGUAAAACUUUCACAAGUUUCUUCAAAGAAGCAGGCACUUCUUGAUAACAGAGAAAACUUUGUGGCAGAACCCGACAAUGUGAGUAAUAAUAUUAACGAAGACAAAAAAAAUGAAGUUGAAAAUGAAGAGGAUGAACUAAGAAAAAUUCAAGAAAUGAGAGAAAUUCAACAACCGAGGGAAGUUCAAGAACCGGAAUUAAUGCAAGAACAAGAAUUAGUUGAAGAAUCGGAAUUAGUUGAAGAACAGAGAGCAAUUCAACAACAGAGAAUCGAACAAAGAAUCGAUGUUGCUAAUAAUUUCAAUUUUGAAAAAAUAAAUAAUACUGUUCGAAUAAAUGAAGCUGUAAUUUUUAAUGAAGCUGUAUGGCACGAGUUGGAGAGAACAAAAAAGCCAUCUGUGUUGGUUCGAAAUACCGCAAUAGCUAUAUGGGGGAACGAUUUAAAAAAUAAAUGCUUGGAUCUCAAAGCUGGUGCCAGACACCCAGGGCAAGUAAGGAGCAUUUGCUCCCCCAGAAAACUUGAUGCUCUUUAUGAUGUUGUUCAUAAUAGAUUUAUAAAAAUCAAGAAGACAGACGGCCCUGUUUAUCGUGGAGAUAUUAUUUCCUUUAGUAGGAAACAUUUAUCGCAGAAAAUAACAGAUCUGAAUGCCGAUAAAAUUCCAAUUCGUGAACUCCGAAGACUGCGAGAAAUUGCCAAUCGUCAAAAUGGUCCUGCUACGAUCGAUGCAAAUGAAGGAGAAAAUUAACCGUUUUCGGUAAAACCGACUUCAAGUGACUUUAUUUUUUUUUUAAUUUAAUACCAUUAAUAUAUAUUUAAUACUCUUUUGGAGAUCUCCCAUUUUGAUAAAUCGUUUUUGUAAUUCAUUUUCUUGAUAAAAAUAUGUUUAUGUAAUUUUGUUUUAAUAUAUUUAUAAUAUAUUUAUAAUUUUAUUGUAUUCGUCGAGACUGAUAUAAUUUAAGUUAAUAUAUUGUGAUAUAUUGUGAUCUUAAAAAUUAAGAGUUAAAAAA